UGAAGAACAGCGGGAUAAGUAUUUUAGCAUUCUUCAAAUGUUCAAGUACUGUACUUCUCUCAAGGUGGUUGCUGCGAGGGCUCCCCGGAAGGUCCUUGGCUCUGGAAGUGCUAAUGUGAGCCCCUCUUCUACGUCUAGAAAAAGUGAAAGUAAGUAUGCUGGUGGCAAUCCAGUGUGUGUGAGGCCAAUACCACCAUGGCAAAAAGGAAUUGGAGAAUUUUUUAGGCAGCCCUCGAAACAUUUGGAAAAGGAGAACCAGCCCUCUGAUGAGGAACCAGGAUGCAGCGGAAUAAAGAAAAGUAGAAGAAAAGCUCGCCCCCUGCCUCCUUAUCCUGAAGACCACGGAACACUCUCGGAAGAUGACCAAGUAUGAUGAGCUUCUCACCUUUUCUGCUGGCAGAUCUCGCCAUGCUUCUGUAUAUAUUUUGUAUGCAUCGUUUUGGGUAAAGGUCUUUAUUUAUUCAUAGGACCUCCAAAUUUAAAUGAGUGUAUGGAAUUGAGAUCAGUCUCUCCUGGGAGAUUAGCUGCCCGUGAAGCACUGUCAUGCUGAGUAAUGAGUACUUAAUUGUUUUAUGUUAAAUAAUGUUUGUUUCUCAGAGCACUUAAAGAUUUUGCCAUAUGAAAGUCAACAUGACUGUCUUAUUAAAUUUCAUUAUCUUGUUA